AUAGAAGCAUAUAUCGGAAUCCCUCUCCAAUCCGCCAUAUGUUUAUAAUUAAACACCACACUCUGCCAAUUAACAUCUCUGUUUUACCCUCUUCCAUAAGCCACAGAUUUCGGGGGGUGUGAAUCUUUUCUAUUCAGGAUUCUAGGAUUUCUCUCUCUCCUUUGGAUUUCUUUCACUUCUAUUAAGACAGAAAUAUGAACUAAUUUCUCUUCACAUAGGAAUUAGAUCAUAAUGUCCGUGGUGAAGGCUGGCGUACUUGAGGGAUCGUCUGACUCUGAGGAGGAGGUCCACGUUUAUAAACUUAAAAUUCAUGACACAGAUGUCAAGGACGCCGGGGAGUGGAGAGUCGAGGUCGCAGACAAAUACGGCUCUACCUCCACGUCAUGUAACCUUGCUAUUCUCGAUGAUCCAAAACCAAAACCAUCAGUGACGUAUGCGGGUAAAGUCAGCAAGGGGAAUAACUUUGACGAUGAGGAAGUUCAUCUGUACAAACUAAGGAUUCAUGACGCUCAGGCGACGGAUGCCGGAAGAUGGCGCUGUGAAGUCGAGGACAAGUAUGGUUCCACGUCAUCUUCCUGCAAUCUUCUUCUUGACCCCUACAGUCUGCCCUCCAGACCUAAGUUUGUGACCUUCCUGAGGGACCAGCAGGUAGAGGAAGGAUUCUGUGUCAAGUUCCAAUGUGUCGUCACCGGAAACCCAAUCCCGAGGAUCGAAUGGUACAGAGACCUCGAACCCAUUGGAAAAACCAGCUUUGUGCACACGGCCUAUCGAGGAGAUGGCACGGCAUACCUUCAGCUGUUUUCUCCCGUAGCGGAUCGAGACAGUGGAACAUACCGUUGUGUGGCAAGGAAUUCCGAAGGUUCCAGUUUUACCGAGGCGCAUCUCACCAUUAGAAAACAGAUAACGAAUGCAGACCUGAGGGACCAAUUUUCAAUCAGUAGAGCCAGGACAAGAAACGAGGAGCUUGCAAGCUUUACCGGACACCACCUCUCUAAGUUCGAGGCAGCUGAGCGGAUGAUGUUGAAGUCUGAUCAGUAUACUUUUGAGACGUCCCCUCACUUAAAGAAGUCCGAACUGUACCAUUUAGAUCCGCAGUUCAAAGGUCAUAGAAAAUCUCAUCUUUACAAUGCAUUGGACAUAAGAAGACAAAAGAAGUAUGAAUCACCAGGAUAUGAUGAAAAUAAAACGGACAGGAUGAACAUAUAUAAUGUUGAAAACGACUACAAACCUAGAAAACGUUAUGAUGAUGAAGAGCUGAAGGGAAAAUCCAGCAUAUAUGAUAUUGAAAAUGAACACAAGAGCAAAACGACUGAUCUUUUCACUACUGAUAACAAAUACGGGGCAAAAACCGAUAUCCUAGAAGAAAUGGAGCUUCAAAGGAAGCUUGAGUCAAAGAAAAUCUUUGACAGUCUGACAAAAAGAACACCCCAUGACAAAGGGAUUGAAAAAUCCAGUGGUUUUGAAGCUUUUAGCUAUAAACCGAAAUCUACACGCAGCAGAACGAAACUGAGUGAUGAGAUUAACCCAGGCCUAAGUAAAAAGGCAAUAGAGCUAACAAGGGGUCGGAAUGUCGGUACUAGUGCAGAUCUGAGAAGAUCGAAAUCGGUCUCUUUAAGUCGAGAUGUGACCUCCCGACUCGUCCUUGACGACAAGAAGGGAUAUUACACACUGCGACCAAGACCAAAGUCGGUUGCUAUGCUGCAUGAAUUUUCCGAAUUCGAAAGUAGGCCUAAGUCAGCUAGUGUAACACGUGAUUUUGUUUCAAAAUCUGGUUACGAGUCUGACAGGGAGGAGAGUUUCCGGUCAUCACGAACACGACCAAAGUCAUUAUCUUUCUCACGUGAUCUUGAUACAUCAAGACGGACUAGGUCAGCUUCUCUAGCUCGGGAUAUAGGCGUCACAUCAGAUAAGAAAUUGGACGAAGACAAGGUUUUAGGAAAAAGGGAAGCUCGAGCUAGGUCUUUAUCCGUGUCGCGUGAAACUGAGGAGCUCAUCCGUUCUGUACGAGAAAGUAGUGUUGGAAAAUCAGAGUUUGCAGAUAUUGAGGCAUAUAGAGCAGAACUCCACAACAAACAAAGAACAGACAAAACUUCCAAUCCAACAUGCAAAAGAAAACAACACCGAAAAGAUCUCAAGUACCAUACACUUACGAGACAUUUUGCAGACGAGAAUAAGCCAAUCAAAGAAAUCAAUCCUGGAUUAAGUUUGAAAGCUAGAGAGAUUGUUAAUAAACAGGGAUAUCGAUAUAAAGUUGACAGGGAUCUACUAAACGUUUCAAUGUCCAGGAAUAAACAAUCGUCACGUUCAACUGAAGACACUGAGAAUGAGGAGCCAGUUACCUACAUUAAGCCUGUAAAAAAUGAACCAAAUACAGAUGAGGAAGAGAUGUUGUCAGACGAAGCAUUCAAAAGAAAGAUGUACCUUAAAAACCUGGAUCAAUUCAUUAACAGGGCAAACAAUUCAUUCUAUGAUAUUGAAGACAGCGAAGUACCCUCGUGGAGAAAAGAAAGAUUACAAGACACUGGAUUUGAUUACACCAAACACAGGGCAAGGAAGAACAAAAUCGAGCUUUUCGACUUCGACGAUAUCCGAACUUCCAAACUCCCGGCCCGGCGCCAACAACCCAAAAGAGCACAGUCUGUAGGUCCGGAGUUAGAGACUAAGAAUAAGGUGCUUAACGCUAUGUAUGACAAAGAGAGACAAGCGCUACUGAAGUUGGGGACCAACUGGGUAAAGGAUAAGCCGCUUUCAUUCAUAGAGAGACUUAAAAGCAAGUCUUCCUUGGAGGGUAAUAGUGUCCUCUUAUCGUGUUUCGUCACUGGUAAAGAACCUUUUAUUGUGUUAUGGUACCGGCGAGGGAUUGCAUUGUCAAGGGACGAAGAGGAAAAUUUCCACAUCAGGAGCAAUGGAGGUUUCUUAAGUCUUGAGAUCCCGGUCACCUCUACCUACGACACUGGUGAAUAUAUGGUAGAGGUCCGCAAUGAGGAGGGGAAGAUUAAAUCCAACUGUUACCUCCAAGUAGAACCCGUCUUUGAUCCUCGUGUGGAAUACAAACACCCCGAAUUUAUCGAGCCAAUUCACCAUGUUAGCGUAAAACUAGGACAAGCUGCUACAUUCAGCUGUAAAGUAAAGGGCACCCCUGCUCCCUUUGUUAGAUGGUUCAAGGAUGGAAUAGAACUUCAACAAACGGACAGAAUUGACAUUCAUCAAGGGGAGAAGGGACAGGCUUUUCUUUUGAUCCAUGAUGCUGAAGAAUGUGAUACGGGACUGUACAAGUGUGAGGCCCAAAGCAUGGCGGGACGCUGCAGAAGCACAGCAAAGCUCCAGGUUUUGGAAUCUAUGGCAGAUGCAUUUGAUGAUGUAUCCUGCAACAUUGAAGUAGAGAGAAUCAUCAGCAGAACAAAGAAUGCUAAAGGUAUUGUAAAUGAGGCACCAGUUCAGAAACCAAAGGCCUGGAGAGCUGGGCUAGUUUCAACAGAGUCCCCAGAACAACUGAAGGAGGCUGUGACCGCAGAAAAGACAGAGGCUGUAAAGGAGACACCUCUGAAGUCAUCAGAAAUUCUGACAGUCUUGGACGAGACUUUAAAAGCUGGUAAUGUUACGCAAUCCACAGAAAUGGAAAUUAGUCUAACCUCUCCUGCUGAAUCUCUAUCAAAAUCCGAAACUUCUGAGCUUGAAUUAACAAUUCCUCUUUCUCCUGACCAAUCUUCACCUUCAUUAACACCAGCAAAGGUGAAUGUCGACACCUCCUCUGUUCCUUUAACAGUUUUAGAAAUCGAAAGAUCACCAUUAACUGAUAUCACUAGCGAUUCCAACAAACUAGCACUUGUAGAUACUCUUGUUUCUAAAUCUGAACAGACACCAUCUUUGGCAGAUGCUGAUCAACGAAUUAAAAAUGAUUCACAACAGCUCAUGGCAGCUGAUGUGGAGAAAGGCAAGUAUGAUAAACCCUCCCACAGAGAUUCAGGGACAAUAUAUGAAGUGCAAUCAGAUUCAAAAGAUGUGCAAAUCAUAUCAACUGAUACGUCUUUAGUUGAAGUUGAACAUCGACUUGAUUCCAGCCUUCCUUCAGACUGUGACUUUGAAACUUUGGAACAAGUUUCUGGUACUGACGCAAUCAGCAAAGCGUCGAAAACAAGAGUUUCAAAAAGAGAGGUUGGUGUGCGUUCGGAAUUACCUUUACAGGAUGGUUCGCUUAAACCUGAUGUUCACGAGGAAGGACUCGUGUCAUUGAAUGACACGCUUUUGGAAAGUUUUGUUAAUGUUUCAAAACCUUUUCAGGGUGUUGAUAGAACUGCCGAUGUGGCAAAGCAAGAAGUAAGCUCAAACAUGGAGCAAGUAUCUUUCGCAAAGACGACUAACAAAAAUAACUCAAACAGAUCAACUGAGGGGUCAUUUGAAGUACUUGGAGUCGAAAACACAGAAGAUCAUGUAGGUUGUGACAUACAUACGUACAAAGGCGAGAAGCAGGGACCGGCAAAAAUAAUUUGCAGCGAUGUGGAAUCUGUAUCCCUUGUCGAGACAACUCAUUUAAAACGAUUCCAAACUUCAUCCCCAAUUUCUUCUCCUGUUUCAGAACCAAGUGAAGAAGACGUUAAAGCGCAGAUGGAACUUAAAUGUACAGCAGAAGAGAAACUUGAAAAUAUAUCUGUAAAAUCUGACGAUGCACUCAUUUAUUCCUCAUUGUCCCCUGAAUCUGAAAACUUUGAAUUUCUUACCAGUGAACCCUCUUCUUCCCUGGAUACUCCCACUGAUCUUUCUCAUCCACAACCUAGUGACAGUAAUUCUCUGUCUCCAGAGCAAAGAGCACAAAAAGACACGUCACUGCACAUUGAGCACAGCACUAUCAAUAUUGAUGACCAAAGUUUGUGUACUAAGGUCGGUCAAGAAAAUCUGAAUGCCAGGCAAGAAACUGAGUUGAAAGCAAGUGCAAGAGAUGACUCAGUAUGUAGUGAUAUAUCAUCUGCUAAAGAGAUUGAUGAUUAUAAUGUAUCAGUUCCUGCACAACGAGUGUCGUCACCCAUAGAAAAGAAAGUAAAAACCUCUGAAGUAGAGGGCAUUGAAAAACCUGGAUCGCCCAGUAUAACACCAAGUGAUAAAAAGCCUGAAAAUGAAGUAUUAAAAGUUGACGCUGUCGAUGGACGAAAAGCUGUUUCCGAGGACACCUUAUCUUCUGAGAUCAAGGAAACGACAGAAAAGACAGAGAAGGUACAAUCCCCCGGGGAUAUGAAUGUAGAGAAGGUGGACGCAGAGAAGCUCCCGGUGGAGGAAGAGAGAGUGAAUGUGGAAAAAGCAUUUGGAGAGAAAGAAAAAGUCCCAAUAGUGGUGGAGAAGUCUCAAGAGGAGAAAGAAGUCGUACAGGAAGAACAGAAGGAAACUGUAACUGCAGAGGCAUCAGAGACCGUGACAGAACAAGUUGAGACACAGGAAGCCGCACCAAAACAAGAGGAAAGAGAGCCCCAACCACCAACCUUCGUCAAGAGUCUUCCAGAAAAAUUGGAUUUAAAAGAUGGAGAUGAUUUGCUUCUUCAGUGCAUUACUGACGGACUCCCAAAACCAGAAGUUAUUUGGAUGCACGAAAAUAAGCCAAUCGAAGCCAGUGAAAAUAUUUUCAUAAAAGAUUCUCACGACGUUCACGCAUUAGAGAUCAAGAAGGUUAAUCACAAUGUAAACUCAGGUGUGUAUACGGCUAAACUUGUCGGAGGAUCAAGCUCAGCGGAACAGGAGGACGUGGUGUCAAGAUGUAAAGUGUUUAUCUUGACAACUGCACCCAUGGAGGAAAGCACAGGACUCGUCGAGGAGGACAUCAAGGAGAGAGAUCUUUUACCUUUGGUGGAAAAACAAAUAUCUACUGAGCAAGAAGAACUGAAACUACAAAUACCGCCCAGUGUUGAUCUCCAAGAAGUUUGUGAAGAAGGUCAGUUGGACGCUAACAAAAUGCACAUUCCAAUGGUUUCCCCAACAGGGGUACAUUGCCAUUCCAGUCCUCUAGACAAGGCCGAGAAAGAGGAGGAAUUGCCUCCUUCCCAAACUAGCCCUCACUUUAGCCAAGCAUUAGAUGAAGAACUGUAUCCCUUAGAGAGAGAUGAAAACGUCAGAAUCCAAUGUGUGGUAGCAGGAGAACCGUGUCCAAAAAUAGUGUGGUUCAAAGAUGGUGUCAAGCUUGAGCAAUCCAGUCGAGUCCGUCUGGAAUGGGAUCCAGAUACCAGGAUCGCUAGUGUGCUCCUAAAGAGACUACAUAUACUGGACACUGGGGAGUACGAAUGUAUCGUGUAUGGAGAGAAUGGGAGCUAUAGCACCAAAACAACUCUCCACGUUAAAGCCCUUGAGAUGCAGAAGGUUGAGACUAUAGAUCGGGAUGAUCCUCCAGAAAGUGUCCCACCCAAGUUUUUCCUGUCUCUGAAGGAUAAGAGAAUAUUUCAAGGAAAAGGCACAACAUUGGACUGUGUUGUAAAGGGCAAUCCCGAACCAGAAGUGAAAUGGCUAAGACAUGGAAAGGAGAUUGUAUCUAGACACGGAAAAUACACGAUCACAAACUUGAACCAGCAGCAUAGUCUGACUAUUGAGGAUUUCAAGAAGUCAGACGAGGGUUGCUAUACUGUAGAGGCCACAAGCGAGUCAGGCUGCUGUUCGUCCAGCGCCUAUCUUACUAUGGAAGCUGUCGUGGAAGAGGUUGACUCUGCUAAACUGGAAAAUUCAGCUCCAGAAUUCACGAGCAAAAUGGAGGGGAUUAUUUCACCUGUAGGUGGAGUCGUGACCUUUAAGUGUUCUGCCUCCGGGUAUCCUGUACCUAAAUUCAAAUGGCAAAAAGAUAUGUUAGAUCUUUACCAGUCCAAGAGAAUAACAAUCGACAACGUUCCAGGAGAGACAACUUUAACGAUUCAUGACGUCAAUCGGCGUGAUAGUGGAAUGUACGUUUGCAUCGCAAAAAACAACCUAGGAAGAAGCAAACAAACAGCAAAACUUAUUGUCAGCGAGGAUUGUAAAGAAACCAGGCGCCUAAGUAUCUCUGGAGAGAUAGACAGACCAGAGGAACCAGUUGUAUCUCAAAGUGACUCUACUGACUCUGUUAAAGACACUGCUGAAAUGUCUUUAGAACCAUUAGCGGAAGGCAGAGAGGAGCCAAGUGAGGUGAAAGAAGUUAUUGGGACAGAGGAAGAAGUUCAUGAAGCAAUUGUAAAGCCAGAUGAUAAACAAGCUGAAGUAGAGGACACUUCAGUGAAAGAGAAACCCACAGAGAUGGAGGAGGCAGUGGUUGAUGUUUCACCUGCUCAGGAGAAAGCAACUGAAAAGGAAGCGGUUGUUCCUGAAAAAUUGGUGGUUGCAGAGAAGACUGAGGUUGAGGAAAAGCCAGCAGUUGCUGAAGAGAAAACAUCAACUCAGGUACCAGAGGAAAAGAUGUUAGCUGCACCAAAGACAAUGGAAUCCGCCGAAGAAGUCUCCUUGACAGAAAAUGUUGCUUAUGCAUCCGAAGAAAAUGCUGCUAUGAUGAAAAAAGAAGAAGUUGCUGUUAAGACAGACAAAGGGAAAAAAUCUGAAGAAACUUCUACUCAACAAAAUGAAAAUCAAGCUGGAACGGUAUUAAAAGCUGAAGAGAGAGUUGAUACUGCUAUGACUGAAUCUGCUGUUUCUGCUAACUUAGAAGAUGCUAAAGUCGUUGAGAAAAAAGAAGUUACUGACGUGACUGAAACAUCUGAAAGUAAGGUCGUACAACAAGCAGUGGAAACCGCCAAAGGUUCUGAAACAACUUCAAAGACUGCAGAUGAUAGCGAACUAGAUAUCGAUCACUUAGUGCAGCAAGCAGAAACAAUUUUAGGGGAAUCUAAUUCAACAAAAACCGAAAACCAGGACUUAUCUUUCGAAGAAGUUUUGGCGAAGUCUGUCAUGGAGGAAUCAGUUGCUGAGGCAGCCAGUGAAAUGGAAAAAAUCAACAAAAGUAAAAAACGUAAGCUAUCAAAAUCGAAGCGCCGCUCCCAAAGCUUAGACUCAGAGGAAGCGUCCAGUGUCAAGGAUGCAGCAGAGGGCGCAGAGUCAGAAAGUAAAGAGGUCGAGAUAUCGACAAAAACAGCCACUGAGACAACAGAAUCAGCUGGUCAGAAGGAAGGAACAUCAUCGCAGAGUUCAGCCAAGAGUAAGAGUGUCUCUUUUGAAGAAGUAGUGGAGAUUUCUGGUUCUGCUGACACAGUUGACUCUGGUGCGAUAUCAAUGCAAGCCUCAACGUCAAAGGUGACAAUGUCCAAAACAAAAUCAUCUCGAAUUGAAAGUCACACGAAAUCUGUUGAAGGAAAUGUUGAAGUCAAAUCAGUAAAGGAGAUAGAAACAAGUGGGAAAGAGAAAGCCUCCGAGUCGGUUACAGCUUCUGUAGCUAACGAAUCUGCUUCCACAACAAUAAGAGAAACCAGACAAUUGGACAGGUUGAUGUCCAUGGAGGACGUAAAAGAAAUACUUGACGUGGAUUCUCUAAAAAUGAAUGAAACCAGGGAGGCUAUAGUGGAACAGAAGACAGCUAGUGGACGGACCCAGGUCCUGGAAGUAAGUGCCAGGCGCGUGUCUAAACAGCUGUCUUUGGAAGAGCAAGCUGCCAGCACCACCCACCAACACCACCUUCACCACCCUCCAGAAAUCAUAGUCCCUCCCGAAAAUCAGUACGUCAGUCUCCACAGUGAGAUAGAACUGACUGUUAAGGUCCGUGCGGCUCAUGGCGCCAAAAUAAGUUGGUUCCAUGACGGACAAGAAGUUGCAGUAACUGAAAAACUUUUAGAGGACAUAUUUGGAGAACAUUAUGAGAUGACGGAUAUCGAGAUACCAGACACUGAAUAAUGAGCGACCUCUCAUCCUUGCAUUAUAAAGUAAAACUAAAGAUAACCACAACCAGUGCACGAGACGAAAGCAUCUGUCUGUAUAAUGCUGUUCAGAGAAUGAAGAAGUCAAUAAUUGUUGUAUUGUGGUGGUCAUGCUGGAAUAGUGCUUCUAACAUAAAAUCUUUCCGGCAUUUUAGUCAAAGGACAUGCACUAAGUAAGUGUGCGAGUACAUGGCUUUGCAUGCACACGUCUCUUGAUAGGUUUUAUCCAUGGCAUAAUAUCCAAAUUGGGUGCUUUUUGUGUCUGUAAAUUUUUCGUGCUUCUUUUCAGUUUAAGGUUCUAUCAAGAGUAUCAAGCUAAAUCUUUUAGCCGAUUUACACAAGAAAAAGUUUCAAAAAAAAAAAAAAAAAAUAAAUAAAUAAAAAAUAGAAAAUCAUCUUGCUACCUUUGUCAUUCCAUAUAAUUCACCGCAGCAUCCAUUUAAUUACCACUCCUUUUUUAUGUUAAUUACUCCAGAUAGUUUGUGCUGUCUUGAGGGAUUUUUAUAAAAAAUUACUUUGUGGUACUUAGAAUUGAAAAAAAGUGAAAAUAACACACAAGUAAACUAUAAUGUGUAACUGAAAGCAAUGUUACUUAAAUGGCAAAAUACUCAAGUCUGGCUUUGUGAUCUUACAUUGAAUGUGAUAGAUGUUUGGAAUAUUACACAUUACAUGGAUAUUUGUAACCCCAGACCCUUGCCCUGUUCUACAGUUGACGAGGUUUGUUUUAUUCUGUUGAUUCCCGUUUAAUUCCCGUUUAAUUCCAUGUAUAUGUGAUACUUUUUUCAAGACUGUGAUUUAAACACUUUAGUUGGCUGUUGGGAUUGAAUAUCGAAUAAAAAAUCGAAAAAACA